AUGAAAGUCUUCAACUACACAAUAAAAACAAUUUUUACUCCAGGGUUUAGUGGGCCAUUAUGUGAAGUGGAAGAAUGCGUCACAGACCACUGUCUCAAUGGAGGAACCUGCCUCCAACAAAGCCAAGGAUUUACCUGCAAGUGUCUCCCUGGCUUCGAGGGACCUCGAUGCAAGCGGGAAGUGGAUGGCUGUGCCAGUAACCCAUGUAGGAAUGGGGGCCAGUGCCAGAGUUCAAUGGGGAUUGUCCACUGCACCUGCCCACCAGGUUUCGAGGGACACCAGUGCGAGAGGGAGGCCAACUUAUGCCACAGCAGCCCCUGCAUCCACGGGACCUGCGUGAACAGUCCCGGCUCCUUCACAUGCAUGUGCUCUCCAGGAUUCACGGGACCCCUCUGUGCAGAGCUCAGCGAUCCCUGUCAGAACUGGCAGUGCCUCAAUGGAGGUACUUGCCAGGUAACGGAAACUGGGUUGCAUUGUUUCUGUCAACCAGGUUGGACUGGAGAAGACUGUGGCACAGAGAUCAAUGCCUGUGAUUCCAGCCCCUGCUACCAGGGGGGCACUUGCAUUAGCCAACGAGGUACUUUCAGUUGCCUCUGCCCCAGUGGCUACCAAGGGUUUGUAACGCCUGGGCUUUAA